AUGCAACGUGUUAGUCAGCAGCAACAGACGAAGACGAGGAUUUCAUACUCUCGAGCGCUGACAUCAGCUGCGCUGGCCUUGGGACCAGCUUGGAGUGCUGCCGAAAAAGGCCAGAAGCGUCCACCAAGCGGGGAGUACAUCCAGAUUGGGGGAGUGGAAGCUUACGUGGCAAAACCAAAGGAGCCAUCAAAGGAGGCCAUCGUGAUCUCGACGGACGUCUUUGGCCACAGGUUGUCAAAUGUGCAGUUGAUUGCUGAUGCGUUUGCCAAGGACGGCUUCCUCACGGUCGUCCCCGACAUGUUCAACGGCGGGGCGCUCCCUCGCUGGAUGCUGGACGCUCUGCCAAAGAUCAGCGGGAUCCCCGGCGACCCGGCGGGGCCCCCCAGUUUGUUCUCCCGUAUUACCACCGUCCUGUCCCUGGCGCCCUUUUUGCUGUGGUUCAACAUCAGGAAUCGCCCCGGAACUAAGGUCCCGCUUUUGGAGGCGGUUAUCAAGGAGGUCAAGGAGAAACACGGGAUCACGAAGGUCGGCAUGAUUGGAUACUGCUACGGGGGCACGCCCAUUUUCAUGAUCGCCAAGAAGGAGGGCGUCAUCGACACGUUCGUCGUUGCACAUUCCCAGGUCUCUGUCCCUGCCGACAUCAACACCAACAAGGUACCGGGUUUGAUCAUCGCAGCCGAGGCGGACUUUGCGUUUUCGGACAAAGCGCGCGAGCAAGCCCAGGAGAUCAUUGAGAAGGAGAGUCUUGCGGAUAGGUUGAGGAUCAAAUACUUUCCCGGCACGUUUCACGGGUUUGCUGUAAGAGGAGACGACAAGGUAGAGUUGAUCAAGAAGGCAAAAGAGGAAGCGUUUCACGAUGCAUCUCAGUGGUUCAAGGAGCACUUGAAGUAGGCACUGUCACGGUUGUACGGGCUCGCACAUGCUUACAAUCAGAUGGGUCGGUCGGCCUUUUGGUCAGGUGGAUAAGGUAGAGCAGAAAUGAAGUUGCUCGCGAAGUUGACGCGCAAUCAUUUGUAAAUAGAUUGGAGAUAAAACAGGCUUGCGGAUGUGGAAACUGGAAUGACCAGUGCCACGUCCUACGCUGAAGGUGCACGCGGAUUGACUAGUAUGAAGUACACCUAGAUUCCAGAGUCUGCUUUUCAUUUUCGACGCAAAUGUUUAUUGAGCUCUACUCGGAGGAUCGAGGCAAACAUCCUUACA